UGUAAUUUUAUAAAUAUUCCCUUUUAUAUACCUAGAAGAAUAUGUAUUGCUUGUGCUUGUUCAGUAAUUGAAUAUAAUAAUAAGCCUCCACGCCAGCAGAGGGAAGCAUAAAACGUAGAGCUAAAACAAACGGUCGGAGCUGCGUGACCCCGGUUUCCACGGAAGAGGAAGAGACUCAGUCAGCUGCUGUUUUCAUUCUGCAGACCGCCAUGCCAGAGGCAGUCUUAAUGGACGAGAAUUACAACAAACUCCUGGAGCAAUGCGAGGCACAGGAAUUGGAGGCUCCUGGUGGAAUAGCAACCCCUCAGGUGUAUGGCCAGCUGCUCGCUUUGUAUCUCCUGCACAAUGACAUGAAUAAUGGUCGGUACCUUUGGAAGAGAAUUCCCCAAGCUAUUAAAAGUUCGAACAUGGAGCUGGCAGCAAUCUGGGCAGUAGGGCAGCGGAUCUGGCAGCGAGACUUCCCGGGAAUAUACACAGCUAUUGCAGCUCACCAGUGGUCUGAGUGCAUUCAGCCCGUCAUGGAGGCUCUCCAAGGGGUUGUAAGUCAAGGCUGGCAGGCAGAUCCAAACACAAGGAUGGUAAUGCCCAGAAAGCCAGAUCCUCCCCCUGUUUCCAUGGUUCCUAACGAGCAGCAGUUGGCCAGACUCACUGACUACGUGGCUUUCCUUGAGAACUGAUAAAAUCCCAGCCUGGAGACUUCCCGUUUAGACUUCCGGACCUCAAACCCCAUGUCAGAUUGGUUGUGCUCCAGUAUCUUUGACAGCAAAUCAGCUUGAAUAGUGUUUAUAGGUUUUUAUACCAUGUAUUGUUCAUCCAGGUUCUCUUAGCAGGAUUGUCUAUGGGAUGGAUUGCAAGACAAAAACAAAUAAACUGGGAAUGUGAGACAUGCCAGUGAUGCAGUUUUCAGUAUACGUUAUUUGUCCAUUCACAGUAUGAACCCAUUUUUUGCUGAAAUGCUUUUGAUUGCUGUAUGUCUGCCGCUUGCCUGACGGGUUGUUUUUCACCUUAUUUAGUAUGCCAUAUCGUUCGUUAGUAAAACUGGCAAUCUAAGCUUUACUGCAACAGAAUAAUGCAGCACUUACAGUAAAGAGCUUCUUUCUAAUUGGCUUCCAGUUGCCUGAUGCUUACAACAGAACUUUUCCGCCCCUGUACUUAGAAAACAUGUUAUAUGGUAGAACAGCUGAGCAGAAGUAUUUCAGUUAACCACCAAAAAAAAAAAAAAAGAAUCCAGGAAUUCACAGGUUUCCUUGUUUCAGUCAUCUCAUGCGAUUUUUUUCAAGUCACAUUUAAACAAGUGAAGCCAAUAAAGGCUAAUUUGCAGUGCAAAUAAGUUUAAACAGUUUGAAAAGUCAAAUGUGUGUUUUCAGUAUGGCUUCCCAAAGCACUUGCUUUACGUACACAGUACACUUUUUGUAAUCUUGUGGUUUAACUGUAGCAGGUUCACACCUUUUGGGUUCAGAAUUUCCCUGCAACUGACUCCUUAAGUAAUAACAUUAUUACUGGAGAUACCGUGUUUUAUCUGUAUUAAUCAAUGUUGUACAUUUAUUGUUUGUUUAUUUGUGAGUAGAGAAAAUGCACUGCAGAAAGUAAAAUCAAAAGCAAAUACAA